UAUGGCAGCGUCCAUACUGUGUUGACGUUGCAGACGGCGUUUUGAGCUGCGAUUGCUUUCUGUGGUACAUUUCUGGUGUGCAGCUGCGCUACUAUUGGCACUCCGGACUAAUGAAGUACGGUUUUAGUAACCUCUUCUUCAUCGUAUUCUUGCAACUUCAGCGGGAUAUUUUUCUGCGGCCUCAGCUACAACGCUUCUCUGGUGCGGCCACGUAACGAACAUUGGACGACGACGGGUUUGCCCAGUCCUCUGUGUUCUCAGCUUGCUUUACUGGGUCGGUAACGUAUUUAAAUGACCAUUAAAGAUGGCAGAGAAGAACCUUAUGGCAAAAGCCACAAAAGCAGCUUCGUACAACAUCAUUCUGCAGUUGACUCUGCGUGUUUUAACGUUCGUGCUGAAUGCAUACAUCUUGCGACACAUCACCAAAGACCUGUUGGGGGUUAUCAAUGUGCGGUUGAUGCUUCUGUACACAACUGUGCAAUUCCUGAGCAGGGAGCCUUUCCGUCGAUCCUGUUUGAGUGAUACGGACAACCAAAACUGGCCUGCCAUCAUCAAUGUAACCUGGCUGUGCCUUCCCGUUUGUAUCUUUAUUGGUGGCAUUAUGAGCUUUGUAUGGUUGUUCGUUCUGGAGCGACCUGAACCCUUGGUGGCGAGUGGCUACACGCUGGGCGUAUACUGUGUGGUCAUUUCUGUUGUUAUCGAAGUGCUUGCUGAACCUCUAUACGUUAUAAGUCAAGCGUUCCAUUACAUAAAGUUCAAAAUAUUUUUUGUGGGGAGUGGCAUUACCUUACGGUGCAUCAUAAUGGCAGUACUCGUUGCCUUCGACCCGCGGAAUGCUAUUUGGGCUUACAGCGUUGCACAACUAAUAUCAUCUGCCUAUUAUACUGUUGUUCUUUAUGCUUACUUCACGUUUGAAUCAAGGCGAUUGCGCCACGGCGGUGAAGAUAAAUCAAAAGACUCCAGCCGCAAAUGUAAUGAACAUGCACUACCUUUCACCAGUGCAUUUGAUAUUAUUCCUUUCAUUGGCAGUAAUGGUACACAGCUUGACCGAAACAUCACAAAACUUACUUGGAGUUUUAUGAAGCAAACAGUGUUCAAGCAGCUCUUGACUGAAGGUGAACGUUAUAUCAUGACUAUUUUCAGCAUUCUGUCUUUUGCUGAGCAGGGUGUGUAUGACAUUGUCAACAACCUUGGAUCCCUAACAGCCCGUCUUGUCUUUCAGCCAAUUGAAGAAAGCAGCUAUGUGUUCUUUGCUCAGGUAGUACAGCGUGAUGUGCCACCCAGCCAGCAAAACGUGGACAGUGUCAUGUUAAGUGUAUUAACAUUGAAACAGCUUCUGAAGUUGCUGGCUCACAUUGGACUCAUCAUUUUCACUUUUGGUCAAGCCUACUCUAGUCUUAUUCUACAUUUGUAUGGGGGCAGUGCACUGAGUGACAGUCUAGCACCUCUGCUACUCAGGUGGCACUGUGCAUACAUUGUAUUAAUUGCUAUCAAUGGAAUCACUGAGUGCUUUGUGUUUGCUGCUAUGAGUAAGGAACAGCUGGACCAGCAUAACCGCAGGCUCGCCCUUUUUUCUGUGCUGUUCCUAUUUAUUGCGUACCUUCUGACCACCUUGUUUGGUGCUAUUGGAUUCAUUCUGGCCAACUGUUUUAACAUGACUGCACGUGUUGGUUACAGUACAUUCUAUAUAAACGCAUACUAUGCCAAAACUCAAUACCGUCCAUUGCAUGGUAUUCUUCCUAGUGCACGUGUGCUUGGUACUGCUGUUUUUAGUUAUCUUGUGACCACAAUUUCAGAAGCAAUGUUCUGCUGUCAUGCUGGAUUCAUUUACCUUUUGUUGCAUGCUGCUGUUGGUGCACUGUGCUUGUUUGUGUUCUUGGCUGUCAUCUAUAUAGAGGAGAAAGAACUAGUAGCAUUCCUCAAAACAUGUUGGCAUGACAGAAGCUUUGGAAAAAAAUCUGAAAAGGUGCAGUAGCAGCAGUGUUGUUUUCCUAUUGAUAGUUAUGUUUUCUUGGUAAACCAUGUGCUUAAAAGUGGAAGCAUGAAGUGCAUAUGUUUAAUUAAAGGAGUGCUGCUUUUAGGAAGCAUUUUACUCAAUUUGUUAGUUUUAAGAGGGCUGCAAUUUGUAGAGAUUCCUUCUGCUCGAUUCUAUGCCACUGUUAUCAUCCACUGCUUACAAACAGCUCAUCCCAUUGAUAAUGCAGGCGGAGCGUCGCUCUGACUACUGAUGAAGCAUGAAAAGGAAUAGCAUCGGAAAAGGCAUCACUACAAUGUUGUAGCCCAGCAUACUGAAUCAAUUUUGUACUGUGCAUACAGUAAGAUUUCUAAUUCUUUCAUCUGAUUGUAUUUCUUUGUGUCACUGUUUUAUGUGUUAUCACUGCAAUGUCGGAAUGUUGCUUCUACAGUCAUUUUGUACUACCAGAAAAUUGGCUGCCUCAAACAAGCAAUCAACUACCCCUUCAUCCCAGGAGCAGUUCUGGAGUACAGACUUCAAAAAUGUGGAAUUUAAGAAGUCCAUGACCUCCUUAAACUGCAGCCACUAAUUGCAUGCAAACGUUUGUGCUUUUUUUUUUUUAAAUAAGAGCAUGAAAAAAGUCAUAGUUUUGCCAGUGCUGCCAAUUUAGUAGAUGAAAUUAUGGUGUAUGUAAAUGCAAUGUAUACUAGUAAGUGUGAAAUGGUGUGAUCAAUAUCUGGGCACUAAAAUAUCCCAUUUGCUAGCAUUACAGACUGGCAAUAGCUUUGCACUCAAAGAUUGUUUUCUAAACAGCUUGUGCUCCACUUUAUUGAGUCAUUCAGGCCUGGACACUAUUGCUUGUCUGGUUGUAGUCAUCAUCAUUGUCUUCCUUAAUACUAGUACUGAAUUCAGGGCCAAUGUAACACAACAUUUCAUUUUACUUGAUCGUAUUCCUUUCUUAUCAUCCACUGUUAUCAACCAGCCUAUGCUGGUGAUAAUGUUGGUGGAGCGGCACUUGGACCAUUUGCAAAGCAUGAGAAGAAAAAGAAUUCGAAUAUAAUCACCAUAUCUCAGCCCUGGUUUCUAUCGCCUGACCUCCCACCCUAUCUAUUUUUUCGUUGCCAUAGGGAUAUGCUUUAGCCACACCAAAGACCUGCAUGUCUGAGUCUGGCCUUUCAUUCAUUUUCACUUUGGAGUAGUUAUUUAACCACUCUACUUUUUUGUUCCAUGGUGUUCCUCUGCAUUUUUCCAAAAGAUGGUUUUAGCACACAUAUGUGACACAUAUUUUUGAGUGGUUAGUGACAUUAUUCACAACAUCCACACAUUUUAUGCACUUACUAACAUGCUCUGCCUCACCAUAAUUGCUGAGAGCACUUGCUGGCAUCAGAUGACUCAAGUAGCUCAGUGAACAGGGCACUGGUUUGAGAAGAAAGAGGCCACUGGUUUAACUCUGCCAAAGUUUUUCUUAUGCUAUAUAUUUUAUACUCCGCGACGAUUUGUUUCUAAGUAAAACUUCUAGAGCAUGCUGCAAAAACUCUACUGAAACCUGGUUCAUGGCACUUAUGUUAACCCUUUCACUGCCCCUCCCAGGAUAACUCAGGCACCCACCCUCGAACAACCCUUGCCACUCCCAAGUAUACUCGUUUGUAUUUUUACUGCACUCCCUCUCUCUCCAAAAGCAACUCAUGCAAAAGAGAACAUUGCGUACAUAUUGUGCCAUUUAUAGAAAGUUUAUAUAAACACACAAAAAACUUUUUAAGUGAAAUUUCUGACUGCAGAGACCUGAUCAGGCAUCGUUGUUCGGAGCACAUGUUCGGUUGCGCUGCAUGUUAUUGGCCUAGGCCACACCCACUUCGUCAGCUGCUGGAAGUCGGCAUGGUCUAGGCCAAUCUCAUUCGGAGCAACCAAACGCAUGCUCCAAACAACGAUUCCCGAUCGUGCCGUGCCCCUGCUGGACCAAAUGUCUCAGGGCUAUGUCACUGUCUCGACAGAACAGCGACAAACCAGUGUGGCAGAUCUGUCCACACUUUGACAUUUCUUUUGCUGUAAAAUAUAGUCUAUACAUUUGCCUUUGUGUUGACAUGAAAUUUGGUUUUGAUCACAUAUUUCAUGCCUACUUAAAUGCACCCACCAAAGGAAAACAUUAAAUCAGUUUAGACUGAUAAAGUAUUUUUCAAAACUCAUUUUGUUUAUUUCAUGGUAAGAAGUUGGUCAUUACAAGAAGAUAUGAAUGUCAAAAUUUCAUUUUUGUACAUUGCACUGUUUUGUACAGUGCGUAAAUGGUUUUAGGGAAAAACAAUAGAGAUAAAGUGCUGUACAGUGCGCUUUCUCCUCUGUACUAUUUUUUCCUUAAGCAAUCCACGCAAUGCACAAAACACUGCCAUAAACUAUUAACUUGCCCAAGCUUCCACCCUUGCAUGCUUCAUUUUUAAAUUUUACACUGGAAUGCCAAUGCCAGUACUUCAGUCAGGGAUUUGAAACUAUUUUUUCGUAUUUGGGCCACUAUGGCUUAGUAAAAGUUCUUCAAACUUGCUAACUCGAGUCUUUGGCUUCUUUAGCAUUCAAUGUAGUCCACCUUUACCCAUAACAAGUUAACUGGGCCUGAGCAGAAACCGUCAAAAUCCAUGGUGUCAUGGCAAGCUGGUGCAAGAACUUCAAGACUACACUACCACCCAUCUUUUGUUUUUACACCUUCUCCAGCUUACCAAGCCUUUUGUCAUGGUAAAAGUGGCUUUGUUGGUGUUCACUAAGAUAAGUUACUAAUGCAGCUCAAUUAACCUUUGUCUUUAGUGUCCCCUUCAAUUUGUUACAUGAUGAAAUUUUGCAUUUAUACUCUUCAGUGUCAUCGUCAUCAUCAGUCUGUUUUAUGCCCACUGCAGGACGAAGGCCUCUCCCUGUUAUCUUCACUUACCCCUGUCCUACGCCAACCGAUUCCAAUUAGCGCCUGUGAAUUCCCUAAUUUCAUCGCUCCACCUAGUCUUCUGCCGUCGUCAACUGCGUUUCCCUUCUCUUAGUACCCAUUCUGUAACCGUAAUGGUCCAACGGUUACCUAACCGGCGCAUUACAUGACCUGCCCAGCUCCAUUUUUUUCUCUUGAUGUCAAUUAGAAUAUCAUCUAUACCCGUUUGCUCACUGAUCCGAACCGCUCUCUUUCUGUCUUUUAAUGUUAUGCCUAGCAAUCUUCGUUCCAUCGCUCUUUCCGCAGUCCUUAACUUGUUCUCAAGCUUCUUUGUCAGUCUCCAUGUCUCUGCCCCAUAUGUCAGCACUGGUGAAAUGUACUGAUUAUACACCUUCCUUUUCAAUGAUAAUGGUAAGCUUCCAGUCAGGAGCUGACAAUGUUUGCUGUAUGCGAUCCAAUCCAUUUUUAUUCAUCGAUGAAUUUCUGUCUCACGAUCAGGGUUCCCUGCGAUUAGUUGACCUAGGUAAACGUACUCCUUCACAGACUCUAGAGGCUGACUGGCGAUCCCAAAUUCUUGUUCCCUUGCCAGGUUAUUCAUCAUUAUCUUUGUCUUCUGCAUAUUAAUCUUCAGCCCCACUCUUACACUCUCUCUGUUAAGGUCCUCAAUCAUUUGUUGUAACUCGUCUGCAGUGUUGCUGAAUAGAACAGUGUCAUCGGUAAACUGAAGGUUGCCGAGAUAUUCGCCAUCGAUCCUUACUCCUAAGACUUCCAAGUUUAAUUGCUUGAAUACUUCUUUCAAGCACGCAGUGAAUAGCAUUGAAGAGAUUGUGUCUCCCUGUCUGACCCCUUUCUUUAUAGCUACCUUCCUGCUUUUCUUGUGUAGAAUUAAGGUAGCUAUGGAACCUUUGUAGAUAUUUUCCAAGGUAUAUACGUAAGCAUUCUGUACUCCUUGAUUACAUAAUGCCGCCAUAACUGCUGGUAUCUCUGCUGAAUCAAAUGCCUUUUCGUAAUCUAUGAAAGCCACAUAGAGAGGCUUAUUGUAGUCUGCGGAUUUCUCAAUAAUCUGAUUAAUGACAUGGAUGUGAUCCAUUCUAGAGUAUCCGUUCCUGAAGCCAGCCUGUUCCCUUGGUUGACUAAAGUCCAGUGUUGCCCUUAUUCUAUUGGACAUUAUUUUGGUAAAUAUUUUAUAUAAUACUGGGAGUAAGCUAAUGGGCCUAUAGUUUUUCAAUUCCUUAACGCCUCCCUUUUUGUGGAUUGGUAUAACGUUUGCAUUCUUACAGUUUUCUGGAACCCUUGCAGUCAAUAGACACUUCCUAUAAAGAGCCACCAGUUUUCCAAGCAUUAUGUAUCCAUAUCUUUGUUUAAAUUGACUGUUAUUCCAUCUUCUCCUGGCUCUCUUCCUUGUUUCAUGUCUUGCAAGGCCCUUUUGACCUCAUCGCUAGUUAUAGGAGGAGUUUCUGUAUCCUGUUCAUUACUGUUUCUAAUGGAGGUAUCCUGACUCCUCUGGGUAUUGUACAGGUCAGUAUAGAAUUCUUCUGCUUCUUUUACUAUGUCUUCUAGAUUGCUGAUGAUAUUACCCUGCUUAUAUUUCAGUGCAUACAUCUUGGUUUGACCUAUGCCAAGUUUCUUUCCCACUGAUUUCAGGCUGUGUCCAUUUUUUAUGGCUUCUUCAGUCUUUCUCAUGUUAUAGUUCAGAAUAUCGCUUAUUUUCACCUUCUUGAUCAGUUUUGACAGUUCUGCGAAUCCUAUCUUAUCUCUUGAGUUGGACACUAUCAUUCUUUGUCAUUUCUUUAUUGGGUCCUUUGUUACUUGGGAGAGCUUGCCUACUGGUUGCCUUGGUGCCUUGCCUCCCACUUCAUUUGCUGCCUCUGAAGCCAGCCUAGUUACAGUUUCAUUCAUUAGCUCUAUGUCAUCAUCAUCUCUCUGUUCUAAGGCUGCAUAUUUGUUUGCAAGUACCAGCCUGAAUUUGUAUGCUUUUACCCUUACUGCCUCUAGGUUGACCUGUUUCUUCUUGACCAAUUUUACUCUUUCUCUCUUCAAAUUGAGGUGAAUCCUAGCCCUCACUAACCUAUGAUCGCUGCACUUUACCCUACCUAUCACUUCUACAUCCUGCACUAUGCUGGGAUCAGCAGAAAGUAUGAAGUCAAUUUCAUUUCUUGUUUCACUAUUAGGGCUUUUCCAGGUCUGCUUUCUGUUGCUACGCUUCCUGAAAAAGCUGUUCAUUAUUCUCAGCCCAUUGCUUUCGGCGAAUUCUACCAGCAUCUCUCCUCUAGCGUUUCUAAAAUCGACGCCGUAGUUGCCAAUUGCUUUCUCACCAGCCUGCUUUAUCCCCACUUUUGCAUUGAAGUCAGCCAUUACUACAGUAUACUGAGUUUGCACUUUUCUCAUCACUAAUUCAACAAAUUCAUAAAACUGAUCUACUUCGUCGUCAUAACUGGAUGUUGGAGCAUAGGAUUGUACUACCUUUAAUCUAUACCUCUUAAUACGUUUGAUUACGACUGCAGCUACCCUUUCAUUAAUGCUGUAGAAUUCGUCAAUGUUACUCGCUAUGUCCUUAUAGAUUAGGAAUCCUACCCCGUAUCUAGGAGACCUCUAUAGCAGAGGACAUGUCUGUUAUUCAGCAUUGUAUAAUCCUUACCAGUUCUUCUAAUCUCACUAAGGCCAAUGAUAUCCCAAAUAAUGUCUGAUAGUUCCUCAAAGAAUCCUGCUAAGCUAGCCUCACUUUAGAGGGUUUGGGUGUUAAACGUUGCAAGGGUCAGUUUCCAUUGGCGGCCUGUCUGGACCCAGAGAUUCUUAGCACCCUCUGCUGCGUUACAGGUCUGACCGCCGCCUUGGUCAGGUGCUCCGCAGCUGCUGGGGACUGAGGGCCAUUGGGUAAUUGAGUGAGUCAUUUGGGGACAGAGUGGUCAAAUACUGCACCAGGGAGGCCAAUUCCUGUUUUGGUGAGGGAGUUUCUUGUUGAAGCAGGGCUAAAGGAAGAGAAAAAGUGAUGAGAAGGUUUGCAGUAGCACGCAAACAAUAAGAAAUAAAUAAUGUAACGUAAAAAAAAAAAGUCGUGGUUUGCAUUUAGUUAUUUCUGCUACAUUUGCACUUAUAUUAGUUUUCACAGGGUUUCGUUUGUACUCCUGUAGACCACGAGCAUGUAUUUGGAGCUGUGAAUGGUCGUCGGUACGCCUGCAGGGUUUGCCUAGCCGAGUUCAUGGCUGUCUGCACACAUGCGAUUCCAGAACUACGAGGCCAGAACCGUUUGGAAAUCGUUCUAUAUUGAGUUACCCAUCGCGAUCAGGAAAACACAUCUAUCGCUGAUAAAUGAAAGAAGUUUUUAGGCAUGUAGGGCCCUCUGGGCUGUACUUGUUGGCGAUAAGGUAGCCUUGCUGCCUAUGGGAUUAUCUGACUGAGCUAUGUCGAAUGCUCGGUUGCCAUAGUCGGAAGUUCGAAUGCCUCUAUAAGUCUUUUUUUUUUUGACGAGGCUGAGCUUGAAAUUCACCUCCUGCAGUGCACAACAUCUGCAGGCUUGGAGUUACCGAGAGCAACUGGGGCUAUACUCUUCAGUGUAUGCAGACUGCAAAUAUGGAUGGGUGUCUAGAAUAUUUAUCAUGCAUAUCAGCACAGCAAGGAAUGAACUUACCUUGCAGAAGGAGUCUGAAAUACUACUGUUCUACAGUAUCUACAGUAAACUCCCAUUAAGAUGAACUUGAAGGAACUGUGAAAUCUGUUCACCUUACCAGAAGCUUGUCUUAAUAUAAUUGGUCCAAAAAAAAAAUGCACCAUCCCUUCACAGUGGGAUCGUAGAUGGCACUGGAGUGGGCAUGGAAGUGGCCAGUCUUCCAGCAUGUCUCGAGUUUUGAAAUUCUAUGUUCUUCAGCUUCUUCUAUCCCUGGUCACCUUCACGUGCCUGCUGCCAGUUCACAUCCACUGCUUGCCAACUAUGGAGGCGCACACCGUGCGUGAUCCUGGUAUCAUCAACAUAUUGUCUAAGGCUGAUGCCAACACUUGGACCGUUGCUGACCUGCCCGUCAUCAGCUACAGCAGCGGCCUCCACACCUGCCUAACCUUUAAAUUGCCGAUGCUUCGUCUGUCCUUUCAGUGGGGAUGGGGGCGGCCAUUCAGCCAACAUGUCUCUCAAGUUUUGAAAUUCUAUGCUCUGCAGAAUCUUCUAUCCCUGAUCACCUUCACAUGCCUGCUGCUGGCCCGCAUCCACUGCUUGCCAACUGUGAAAGCACAUGCCAUGAUGGUUCCUGGUAUCACCAACAUAUUGUCUAAGGCUGAUGUCAACAUUGGACCAUUGCUGACCUGCCCGUCAUCUUGACGUCAUCAGCUACAGAAGCACCCCUCUGCACCCGCCUGACCUUUAAAUUGCAGGGGCUUCGUCCGUCCUUUCAGUGGGCAUGGAGCGGCCAUCCUGCCAAAAUGUCUCAAGUUUUGAAAUUCUAUGCUCCACAGGUGCGUAACCAGUCUACUCCUUAAGCUAAGCGAUCUGACAAUUGUUUUUUAUUGCUGCUUCCAUGCCCAAGUGUUCCUUUUUUACUCUGUCGAAAUGUGUUGGUGUCACGUUCUUGUUGCUUUAGUCAUCUGACAUCGAAACAAACCCUGGCCCUUGAUCUAAUCCUACGGUGCCAAUUGAUAAUGCAGGUACACCCGAGCAAGUGGUAGAAUUGUUUCAGAUGUUAAAAGACAUUAAAAAGCAGAACACUGAGCUUUCACAAGGUCAGACAUACCUGAAGUCUGAUGUUAGUGUUAUUAAGUCUAGCCACGAAGCCAUUCAAUCCAAACUAAACAAACAGUUUCGAAUGCCUUGAUUUGCUAGAAAACCAGGCAAAGCUGCUCGAAGAAGUUAUGAGUGACUUGACCGAUGUCUGCAGGCACCUUCAAAGUGACAUUAAAAUUAAAAGCACCGCAAAUAGUUAUACACAUGAAGUCAAAUCUAGCUUCACUUGCACAAGUUCAGAUGUGAUUUAUAUGCUUGAAUGUUCUUUCUGUAAGAAACAAUAUAUCGGUGAAACAGGACAAUCAAUGAACUUCAGAUUAAGCGGACAUCGCGCGGACACAGCUAAAGAGCUUCCCAAAGCCGUCGUCGAGCAUUCAACCAACCAGGUCAUAACUUUGAUGAACUUAAACUCUACAUCUUACAGUCAAAUUUCCGUUCUGAACGAGAAAGAAAAUACAGAGAAUCAUACCUUAUCCAUAAGUUCAAGACAUUGCAACCAAUAGGCAUAAGCGUUUCAAAGGGAGCUUUAGAAUGUAUUCGCUAUGCUAAACUUCAAGCUAUAGGCAACAACACUUAGUUUGAUUUCUUGGCGUAUCCCCCCCCAUUUUUUUUCCGCUUUCCUUUCCUUUCUUUUUUUUUUUUUGUCAGCCGGCGUGUCAGAUGCCCUUGACACGCCGGCUAACGCACGUGUGUUGACAGACCCGGGUGGGGGCCUGGCUUUGACCUUGUACACAGUGUUUCUUUACUCUCAAUUCGACACGCUAACACAAUUUUCCUUGUUUCCGCGUCCUUCCGCCUCACACCCUCUCCCCUUUAGAAGAACCCCACCUAUAUAUACUGUGGCGAGGAAAGCAUAUGUCGCCUUGAAGAAGACAAGUCCACUUGUCGAAACGUUGGCUCCUGCAUUCACCUUGUUCACGUUUUGCUCAUCGUCUUGAAUUUCCAUCUCCCGCAUUCCCCGUCUUUUGACCAAUGUCUGUGGUUCUACUGAUCACCUGAAACUGCGGCUCAUUUGAACGAUUAUUAAGACCACUCAAGACGUAACAAUUUGAUUUUCCACAGCAUUCCUGAUAACCACAAAUACUGGCAACAAACCAAGCAAAACACUAUUGCGGCAAUUUAUUUCGUCCUGGGGAUGGCUUGCCUUCCAGUGCCGUUGAAUGUGCCCAUUGCCUGGGACUUCCACAAAUUCAAAAUUUCGCCCAGUUAUCAUGAAAAUCAAAGAUUUAAAAAAAAGAGAGAGGGUGCUCACAAUUUAAACUGAAACCACUAAACAUUUCUGUGUCAGGAUUUUUGCAAUGUGAUUCAGCAACUAAGAAAAAAAGUUUCUUGAUUUUGCCCAAAGCACAACCAGAGCCAUUCUUAUUUCAGCUAAAGUACAAGAAGCUCCUUAUGAGCAGCAAAUGCUUCAUGUUUUACUCAGCAUCAGAUAGCGUCAAAGAAAUCGAGCAGCUUUUCGGCUCAGUACGUGCACUUAGCAAAUGUAGCUACACAUGCAAAAAUACGCAAUUGCUAAAUGCACCUGUAUAGGAUCGCACGAGGGGACCUUGUGCCUCUCCGUCAUUCACAUACAUGAAUGUAUUUCUUGGUAAUGCAUGCAGUGUACUGAACAAACGCGAUGUAUUCGACUCUUUAAUCGAUUCUUGUGAAGCAGAUGUUAUUGCCCUAACCGAAACUUGGUUACACCCUAAUAUCGACCAUCACAAAGGUUUUAAAGAUGCGUCAUGUUUCACAGUUCAUCAUUGUGAUCGAGCUACACACGUUGGGGCAUUGUACUCAGCCUCUAAAAAGCCUUUAACGUCUCGCCUUAGUCAUAUUGAUUCCCAGCUUGAACCUGUCUGGGCAUGUAUCGAAUCAAGCCAUCGUAGGUUCAUUUUUGGUGCAUGCUACUACCCACCUUCCUAUUCUUCUGAGUUUAUUAAUGAACUACAUGAUGUCCUUAGCCUUAUUAGUACCCAAUUUCCAAAUGCUCCUGAUUUUCUUAUGGGUGAUGUUAAUUUUUCCAACAUAUCGUAAUCUUCUGUGCCUCCCACUUCUAAUUCACCCUCAGCUGAAACUGGUAUUUUUUUUAACCUUUGUUCAUUGUUCUAGCUAACACAGUUUGUCUCACAUUUGACCUGAAUUUCGGGAGAGACCACUAAUCUUUUAGCUUUAGUACUGACAUCAUGUUCCGAACUGGUGCCUGAUAUUUUGUGCAUGCCAGGCCUAAGUGAUCAUUUAUCAUUAGAAUUCAGCAUUAAUAUUUCUAUUUCAAAGCCUUGUGCACUCACAAAAAUAAUCUUAAACUCCAAUAAGGCUAAUUUCGCUGCCAUCAACCGUGAGUUGUCCCGUUUUCUUGAUCUCCUCGACAACUUCGGUGGACGCUCUGUUAAUGACAACUGGCAAUUAUUUAAAAGUAACGUGCAUGAACUAACAAGCAAAUAUGUCCCCCUGUGCAACAUCUCUUAUAAUAUAAAAGCCCCCUGUACAAUGCAAAUUUAAAACAACUUGCUGAUAGAAAGGAACAUGCAUUUAGCACCGCCAAGUAUUCCACAUCAGAAGCCCAUUGGAGUGUCUACCACAGUGCCAAUUGCAUUUAUGUAGAGGCUUCAAAGGCAGCGAAAAUUAACAUUUUAAAAGUGACGCUACCCUCCACGUUGACAAGUGAUCCAUAAAACUUUUGGUGCAUAAUUCUUCUGCUUAUGACACUAUCAGCCUUGUUCAUUCUACUGGGAACCUUAUACUGGACGAUGACUGUCCAUCCAUUCUUCACAACACAAUUUCUAAUAACUUUGUUACUAUACUUCUAAUCCCCCCAUUCAAAUGUUCCCAUCACCCGUGUGCCUUGCUAUGGACCCAAUAAUCAUUGAACCUGGCAAUACUAAAGUAAUCGACUCUGUUAGGAUAUCUGCUAGCCCUGGUGCGGACUGCAUUAGUGCUAAGUUUUUAAGAAGUGCCGCUGUGUACUCAUCCCUGAUUCUUUCAAAAAAUUUUCAGCAGUCACUCGACAGUCGUUGUGUUCUUACAGGUUGGAAGAUCAGGCAGGUGAUUCCACUCCACAAGUCGAGUAACAAGCAUUCACCUAUCAAUUACCACCCCAUCUUGCUAAUUAGCAUCCCCUGUAAAAUGUUCGAACAUAUACUGUCAUCACAAUUGACUAAGUUUUUUCACUCCAUCUCGAUCUUUUCACCAGCACAUCACAGUUUUUGUCAAUCAUAUUCUCGGGAAACUCCCAACUUCUUUCCUUCACUCAUAAAUUUCACCUAAUUUUACACCAUUCUUUGAUUGCAGACUGCAUUUUUCUCGAUUACUCGAAAGACUUUGAUCAAGUGUGUUAUAAUCUACUUCUUUUCAAGCUAAGCAAAUUAAAUAUAGAUGCUCAUCUCAUUACUUGGUUAGAGUGCUACGUUACUAAUCGCAUUCAGUUUGUUGCAUGCAAUGGCACAAGGUCUUCCAGCAAGCCCGUUCAUUCUGGAGUACCACAGGGGUCCUUUAAAGGUCCUUUGCUGUUCUUAAUAUAUAUUAAUGACCUCCCAAAUUGUUCUUCUUCUAAUAUUUGCCUAUUUGCUGACGAUUCUAUUAUAGUUAGUGAAAUUAACAACAAUAACGACAAUACUGCUUUACGAAGCAAUCUAGAUGCUGUGAUCUAGAUGCUGUAUGUAAUUGGUCUAACACGUGGCUCAUGGGGCUGAAUCCUAAUAAGUGCGAAGCGCUCCUCUUAACUUGAACAGCCACUACCUCUCCCUGCUAUUUUCUCAAUAACCUGUUUCUUCUUACCGUUAUCUUGGUGUUCACAUUACCUCAGAACUUACUGGACAUUACACAUCACCAGUGUUGUUAACGAUGCUAACCACAUGUUAGGUUGCCUUUGCCGUAACUUCUCUUCUGCCCCUUCUCUCAAAUUGUUCCUCUACAAAACUGUUGGCAGAAGUAAACUUGAAUAUGUGGCCUCCGUAUGGGAUCCAUUUACUAGUAAACUUUUAACGUAAUUGAACUUGUUGAGAACAACGCUGCCAGAUUUAUCGCUAACUAUAACCACACAGCAAGUGUCACGUUUAUAAAAAAUGCCCUUGAACUGCCCUCACUUGCAUCCCGCCGCGAAAUCUUCAGGCUUUCCUUAUUUCACAAAAUCUAUUACCAUAUUCCACAGCUUCGAUUUGAGCCGCUGCGGCCACAUUUUGAUGGAGGCGAAAUGCAAAAACGCCCAUGUCCCGUGCUUUGGGGGCAUUUUAUAGGUCCCCAGGUGGUCGAAAUUUCUGGAGUCCCCUACUACGGCAUGCUUCAUAAUCAUAUCAUGGUUUUGGCAUGUAAAACCCCAGAAUUUAAUGUUUUUUUUAUCUCCGAUUUGAUCUACUUUCCCCAACCGCUUUUAUUUAUUCACACUUUGACCAUAGUAAUAAAAUCAGUAUCAACACGCCACACUAAAACUUUCUGUUCAUUUAUCCCACGGACUUCGGAGAACUGGAACCACCUUCCCGGAUCGAUCGCCUGCAUACAAGACAUUGUUCGUUUUCAUGAAUCAUUAGCUAACAUUGUAUAACCAGGAAUUUUCAUGUACAACCAAGAACUUCAUGCAAGAAAUCAUUAGUUGUGACUAUUAGCUAAUAUUGUAUAACUAUGAAUUUCAAUUCUUUUUCUCAAUCCUAGCACUCCUCUCUGUAAUUCCCUUGUGCCUUGAAGGUAUCACUAAGUGAAAUGAAAAAGCAAUAAACGAAACAACAUUAAAACCAAAAGGCAGGUAAAAAGAGGCAUUUACCGUGGAGGUGCAGAGAAAAGUAAUUACUAUAACACAGGAGCUGUGGCCGAGCUGCUUCCAAGUGCCCUCUAACAGCCUCAAGGGGAAACAAGAAAUUGGAUUACGCACGCAUGCAUGCAGGCUGGUGAUCAUAGAAGUUUAAUCGCAAUGCCCUGUAGCAUCCUUGAGGCUGCUAGAGGGCAGUGGGAGGCCCUUUUGACCACAGCUCCCAUGUUCCGAUUACUUUUUUCGGCACCUGUGCCUGCAUGAUACAAAAUAUUGCUUUAUGCACUCUUGUUUAAGCUGUUAAGUAAUUGUUGCUUGUCAGUGCUCUGCAAACCUGUGCGCUGUCACAAAUACUGACAUUUCACCUAGCUUGCUCAAAAAUUCUUUCUUACCUCUAUGUUAAAGAUCCACCGAACUAUUCAGCUGCAUCAUGUGCGAAUACUGCCAGUUCUUGUGGCUCCUGGGCAGUGUCCUCACUAUCAUCAUCAGCCUGCAAGGGCACCUCGAAGAUUUCCUCAAAUAUUCUUUCUGUGGUGUCGGCCCUGCAAGUUUCAAUGUCAUUAUUGAUGCUGGUGUAAUUGUUUACAUUCACAAAAAGACCAUUUGCUUCUUGUGUAGCUAGCAGAGCUGCCUCCUACAAGUCUACGGAUACAAACCACUUGCUGAGCUAUGUAGCAGGUAUCAGUAGCAGCUGCAGUGGUUUGACUUAACCAAAUUUGUGGGUCUUGUUAAAAAGCUUUUAUUUUUCUUCUUUUUCUCCAUUUGAUCUGUGGAAAACAAACCAGAUUUCACGCAAUGUUCCUCAUAGCUGAAAACUUGCCUUAAGCAGGUUUGUCUUAACAAUAUUCUAUCUGGCAUCUUAAUAAUUUUGUGCAGUAAUUAAGGAGAAAAGCAAGUUUAUGCAUGAUAAUUAUUUUUAGAGACAUCAUGAAAAGUGUGGACAAAAUAAUUUCUGCCAUUGUGUAUUCAUAAAGGAUAGAAGCUACAUUAAAAAGCCCUCACCAGGCUGCAUAGAACAUUUCAGUUAUGCACUGGAAGUUGCUACAUGCCCUCUAGGGAGCGUUCUACCAUACAGAUUUUGCAAACUGGUUGAUUAAUAGCCAAGAUAGAAAUAUUUCAGUGCCACAAACCCAUGAUUUCAGGAGGCGAGCUUCACUGCCAACACAGACAUGCUCUCCACUUGCCCCGUUUAGCCUCCGCAAGCGAAAUUCCUUCCCUGUGUUCUCCCUUACCAGAGCUGGAAGAUCGUGGCACAGAUAUGUCACACACUCCGCCUUCUGUUUUUCCCCCUCACUUUUCUGCUGCACGGCACACUUCAGUGGAUGGUCCCGCACACGAGCUGUUGCAUUUGUCUCGUUUUGCACAACGCACCAUUUGGCGUGCUUUACAUGAGAACGCCUGACUACCAAUAUAAGUAAAUGCUACACCAACACUGAGGCAGACACAAGCAGGUAAUGGAGCAUGAUCGCACGCUGGAACACGAUACAAUAUGGCACGAUUUCAUUGUCUGCAUGCGUGACUGAACGACAAGGGAACAAACAGACAAAACGGAAGUACAUCUCUCUUGCUACGGUGCGAAGUAAACCAAAAAUAUGUAGACAUUCAGUUUGUAUUUUUUGUUAUUUCUCUAGACUUUAAUUGGUCUAUUGAAACAACAGAUAAGGCAAAUGAUAGAUGUUGCCUUGAAUAAUUUUCGGAAGUUAUGUGUCACCAUGAGCAACGUCGCAGCACAUGCUGUAAGUAGGCCCACUUGCGCAUAUACGUCACCUAGCCAGCUGAGAGCACGGCACCCGUGAGGAGAAGGGCAGACGGCAUUUGGUUUGAAAUAUAAGCUCUUUCCACGGUGCCUAGUGAUGUAAUACUUGGCAGACACAAUCGUUAGCACGCAUUGUGUGCACUGUGCUUGUCGGCUCAAAAUGGCCAGACCUGGUGAGGGUCCCUUUAAAGUGAAUGGCAGUUUUUGAGUGAACAAGUAAAACUAUUAUCGUUGCACUGACCUCAUUAAUUCUGUAUAUUUUAUUAAAGUAUGAGAUUCCAAUGUGCAUUUUGUCUUAUCUGACUGUGGUUGUGAGCAGUAGCCAGUUCAUGUAUACUUGUUGAAGAAAAGCUGGCUGAUGCAUGCCAUGUUUAACACAGAGCAGCAUAUUUGCAAGCUAUUACCUUAAACACAACUUGCAAUGGUAUUCAAAAGCACUACCAUUUAAUCUAUGGCUUCAAGUGGUUAAAGAAACACUAGAGAUGAUUUUACACUUAUUUUCAUCAUCGUCAUCAUCAGCCUAUUCUAUGUCCACUGCAGGAAGAAGGCCUCUCCCUGCGAUCUCCAAUUUACCCUGUCCUGCGCCAACCGAUUCCAACUAGUGCACGCAAAUUUCCUAAUUUCAUCGCACCACCUAGUCUUCUGCCAUCCUCUACUGUGCUCCCCUUCUCUUGGUACCCAUUCUGUAACCCUCAUGGUCCAACUGUUAUCUUACCUGCGCAUUACAUCACCCGUCCAGUGCCUUUUUUUUCUCUUAAUGUCAAUUAGAAUAUCGGCUAUACCCAUUUGCUCACUGAUCCAAACCGCUCUCUUUCUGUCUCUUAAUGUUAUGCCUAGCAAUCUUCAUUCCAUCGCUCUUUGCGAGGUCUCUGCCCCAUAUGUCAGCACCGGUAAAAUGCACUGAUUGUACACCUUCCUUUUCAAUGAUAAUGGUAAGCUUCCAGUCAGGAGCUGACAAUAUCUGCCGUAUGCGAUUCAAUCCAUUUUUAUCCAUCGAUGAAUUUCCGUCUCAUGAUCAGGGUUCCCAGUGAUUAGUUGACCUAGGUAAACGUACUCCUUCACAGACUCUAGAGGCUGACUGGCGAUCCCAAAUUCUUGUUCCCUUGCCAGGUUAUUCAUCAUUAUCUUUGUCUUCUGCAUAUUAAUCUUCAGCCCCACUCUUACACUCUCUCUGUUAAGGUCCUCAAUCAUUUGUUGUAACUCGUCUGCAGUGUUGCUGAAUGGAACAGUGUCAUCGGUAAACUGAAGGUUGCCGAGAUAUUCGCCGUUGAUCCUUUUUCCCUUAUUUCCCUUAUUUGUCUUGUGUUUUUAUCAUAUGACAUUGGAGUAGAUACUUUUGUAUAUUGUUUGCUGAAAGAACUGUAUCUUUUGCCCUUUCUCUAAUAUGUAUGUUGCCAUCUCCUACUAUUUUUGUGCAAUUCUCUAAUGUUGAUAUAAAAAGUUGUGCAUACAUUUCUGUAUGGUCUAAUAUUCAUGUAUGUAUAUUAUGUUUUGUUAUAUACCCCUAAUAUAUACUCUUCUAGUCCUUCUGUGAUGCCCCCCUUACCCAAUGCUUCAUAGGAGGCCUGUAAGGAAAUCUUAAAUAAAUAAGAGGCCAGCAUCAGAGGUGGAGUGUUGUUUCUGCAUGCUAAGGAAGAUGAGAGUUCAAAAACUAGUUUAUUCUGGCAUGUAUGAAUGCAGGCUCCCAUGAAGCAUCCCUCUGCCCUAACGCUCGUUGCAUGGCUUUGAAUGCACUUCCCAGCACGAAGUCAAAUCACCAGUCUGGGUCCGGAUGAUACUUGAGAGGACUGUUAUGGCACUUUGUUUAUUCUUGCAUUUGCUUUAAAUCCUCAUGUAUGCCAAUAUGACAUAAGUGUGUAUUUUAUAAAGAUGUAUGAAAUAUAAAUGCAUUAACUUUGAGUACAGUCAAUAAAAGUAUGAAGCUAUAAACCAACCAACCA